AUGCACAAUGAUAUUUUUGUAACCCAACUAACAUCUUCCGAAAAAGUGCUUAAUAAGACCGACGGCACCGAAGUGAAUAAAAAUGCAAGUCUCGUUCCCGCAUCUUCAGAACCUUGCCCAAGUACCAGCUCAUCACACCAAGUAUCUGCGCUAUCACCAGGAGGUCAGCAGAAUUUGCAAACGUGUUUCGCAAAUAUAAACUCUUUCAAGGACGGCGGUGAUAAAAUUAAUAAUAUAAUCACGUUCAACACCAGUGCACCACAAAUGGUGUCAGCUCUCGACAUGGAAGUUUUGAAGGAUUUUGUAGUUAUAUUCAAACCAAUUGAAUUUGCAACAAAAGAAGUUUGUGGUGACAAGUUUGUUACAUCUAGCAUCGUUAUACCAGUGGUUCGCUUGUUGCGAAAAAAGGUCAUGGGAGCUACAACCAAUACGAAUUUGGGAACUAAAUUGAAGGGAAACAUCAUGAUAGAAUGGAACAAGCUGUUCAAAAACAUCGAGCAUUACUGGCAGUUUGCGAUGGCUACGGCAAUCCGGAAGUUGACAUCUGAAAUGAAGGAGGAAGAAGAAGAAACGUCAUCAGAAUCCAAUGCUGAACAAGUCAACCAAGAUGAUGAAAGUGGUGAUGGCUUUAGUCUAUGGGACGACCACCAUAGGCUUGUACCGGAAAGUUGGAAAUCAAAAAAACGGAUAAGGACUGAAGAUGAACUAGGCACAUUAAAUACGAUGCCACCGGAAUUAUCAAUUUAUUUGAAGAGCCCAGUCGUUAAGCUAACGGAUUGUCCCCUGGAUGUGUGGCCAGAAGGAUACCACAAAAACUCUUCUUUGUUGGAAAUAGCAAUGAAAUACUUAACAGUGAUGGCAACUUCCGUGCCGUCAGAACGUGUUUUUUCCACCACGGGAAAUAUGGUUACCUGUAAAAGAAGUUGCUAA